UGGGUUCAUAACUACAGUAAACUGACCAACGCAAACCGCAUCGAUCAACUCCUUCCCCAAGUCGAAGCAAAAUCCCUAGCGAUGUCGUCGCCGCCGCCCGCCGCCGCCGCCGCGAUGGCCGUCGACGACGCCGACGACGACCAGCUCGCCUCCAUGUCCACGGAGGACAUCGUCAGGGCAACCCGCCUCCUCGACAACGAGACCCGCGUCCUCAAGGAUGAGCUGCAGCGGACGAACCUUGAGGUGGAAUCCUACAAGGAGAAGAUCAAGGAGAACCAGGAGAAGAUCAAACUCAACAAGCAGCUGCCUUACCUUGUCGGCAACAUCGUCGAGAUAUUGGAAAUGAACCCCGAGGAUGAGGCUGAAGAGGAUGGUGCGAACAUCGAUCUGGAUUCACAAAGGAAAGGAAAAUGCGUUGUUUUGAAGACAUCCACAAGACAAACAAUAUUCCUUCCUGUAAUCGGGCUUGUUGACCCUGAAAAGCUCAAGCCUGGGGAUUUGGUUGGAGUCAACAAAGACAGCUACUUGAUACUAGACACGCUACCUUCAGAAUAUGAUUCACGGGUUAAGGCAAUGGAGGUAGAUGAAAAGCCUACAGAGGAUUACAAUGACAUUGGUGGCCUUGAGAAACAGAUUCAAGAGCUUGUUGAAGCAAUAGUAUUGCCCAUGACUCACAAGGACCGGUUUCAGAAGUUGGGAAUUCGCCCCCCGAAAGGUGUUCUUUUGUACGGACCACCUGGCACUGGAAAGACCCUAAUGGCUCGUGCAUGUGCUGCCCAAACUAACGCCACAUUUCUGAAACUUGCUGGUCCACAGCUUGUCCAGAUGUUCAUCGGUGAUGGUGCAAAGCUUGUCCGUGAUGCCUUUCAGCUUGCAAAGGAGAAAUCCCCCUGCAUCAUUUUUAUUGAUGAAAUUGACGCAAUUGGAACAAAGCGUUUUGAUAGUGAAGUUAGUGGUGACAGAGAAGUGCAGCGCACAAUGUUGGAGUUGCUGAAUCAGCUAGAUGGAUUCAGUAGUGACGAGAGGAUAAAGGUGAUAGCUGCAACUAAUCGCGCGGACAUUCUUGAUCCUGCUUUGAUGAGGUCUGGUAGGCUGGACCGAAAAAUUGAGUUCCCUCAUCCAUCCGAAGAAGCACGAGCUAGAAUUUUGCAAAUCCAUUCAAGAAAAAUGAAUGUAAACCCUGAUGUCAACUUUGAAGAGUUGGCACGAUCUACGGACGACUUCAAUGGUGCACAACUGAAGGCCGUUUGUGUAGAAGCAGGCAUGCUUGCCCUACGCCGAGAUGCUACAGAGGUGACACACGAGGAUUUCAAUGAAGGGAUCAUACAAGUGCAAGCCAAAAAGAAGUCCAGUUUAAAUUAUUACGCUUAAUUCUUCCGAGAGAGUUAUUAGGCCUAAGGAAACGCUCCGUCCAAAAUUGUUUGUUUGUAACACUACCGUUUUAUAUAUUUGUGUGGUUCAAGAUGUGAUUGUACGAAACAUGUCUUGCGCUGUUCCUUCUCUGCUUGAUAUAUACUGAUAGAAGUUGACUCGUCCCUUGCGUAA